AUGCCGCCGAAGCGCAAGACACCCGGCACCGCCGCCCAGCCGUCCUCGUCGAAGCGGGUGCGAAUCGCCUCGGGCACGCCGCCGCCCCCAACGCGUACGCGGUCCCCGGGGGAGGAGACGGAGCGCCAGGACGAGAACGGGGAUGGGGAAGCCGGCACACGACCGCCGGCGACUGCAGAGGCUGGCAGCGGUAGGAGGGCGCCCGGGAGACCGCGGCGGAACACACUGGAGGCGCCGCCACAGACACCGGCAGCCCCGUCCACGCCCAGAGCCGGAGGAGCCAGCAGCGGCCGCCGCAAGACCCCCGCCACGACGCGGAAGAGCCGGUCUGCCGCCGCUCCAGCUCCAGAAGCAGCAGCCCCGGCCGAGAACCCGCCCGCCGACACAGCAGCAGCAGCAGCAGCGGAAGCAGAGGGAGAAGGAGAAGACGACGCCGCCGCCGCCGCCCUCCCCCUCCCCCUCCCGCCCGCCGCCGCCAGCGACGGCGGCGACGCCCCCUCCUCCGACGAGCUCUCCCAAUCGCAGUCGCAGCGCGUCAACCCCACGCCCAAGCGCCGCCCCAAGCCGCGCAUCACCUACAAGUCGCGGCGCACGUCCGUCGGCGAGUCCGACUCCGACCCGCUCACGCGCUCCUCGCCGCACACCACGCGCUCGUCGCCCAUCAAGGUCGCCGCCAAGGCCGUCGACCUGCCCACGACGCCCGCGACCACGGUGAAGCCGCGCUCGAAGCCGCCGCGCGCGCGCAAGAAGGAUGCGCCGCGCGCGGACGCGCUGCCGGCGGAGGAGGACGGCACGCCGAGUGCGGCGGUGCGCGCUGCUGCGAGGGGCGGGUAUGGGAGUGUGCAUGAGACGGAUGCGGAGGGGGAGGACGAGGACAUUGCGGUUGAAGUCGAGGUGGUGGUCGAGGAGGAGGUGGACCCCGACGAGGACGUUGUCGGCGGGGAUGGACGGAUCGCCGCGGCGCCACCAGCAACCGUGCAGAAGGACCGGGAGAGGGAGAAGGCUUCUCGGCGGCGCUCGAUGCCGACGCCGGCGAAGAAGACGGUGGAGCUGGACGGGAUGGAGGAUCCGUUCGCGAUCGACGACGACGAGCCGCGGAAGACGCCCGAGAAGAAGCAGCAGCAGAACGGCGGUGGCGCGGCGGCAAAGAGGUUUGACCAGGCGGCGAUGAAGGCGCUGAAGAAGCACCUGCUGCCCAAGCUGAUGGGGCGCGAGCGCGUCAAGCUCGUGGGCGUGGAGGAGGAGGAGGCGCAUGUGCGGAAUCUCCUGGAGCAGACGGUCACUGCGGGGGAGGGGAACUCGAUGUUGAUCAUUGGCGCGCGCGGCAGCGGCAAGACUACGCUCGUCGAAAGCGCCAUCGCCGACCUGAAACUCCAGCGCCCCCACGACUUCCACACCGUCCGCCUCACCGGCUUCCACCAAACCGACGACCGCCUCGCGCUGCGCGAGAUCCUGCGCCAACUCGGGCACGAGAUGGCCCUCCCCGCCGCGGACACGCCCAAGACCUCCUUCGCCGACACCCUGACCACCAUUCUCGCCAUGCUCUCGCACCCCGACGACCUCGGCGCCACCACCCCCACCAGCACCAGCACCAGCACCCCGCACGCCUCCCCCGCCCCGCCCAAAACCUCCCUCAGCGUCAUCUUCCUCCUCGACGAAUUCGACCUCUUCACCACGCACCCGCGCCAAACCCUGCUCUACAACCUCUUCGACAUCGCGCAGUCGCGCAGCGCCCCCAUCGCCGUCAUCGGCACCACAACCCACCUCACAAUCACCCACUCCCUCGAGAAGCGCGUCAAGUCCCGCUUCUCGCAGCGCACGCUCCACCUCCACCCGCCCGCCACCCUGUCCGCAUUCUGGGAGCGCGUCCGCCCCUCCCUGGCCGCCGACACAGCGUCCACCUACAACCCGCCGGCCGUCUACAAGCACUGGAACACCCACCUCGACGCCCUCCACGCAACCCCCGCCUUCCAGGCGCACCUCCGCCGCGCGUUCGCGCGCUCCGCGUCCGUGCGCGCGUUCCUCAACGAGUGCAUCCUCCCCGUCUCGGCCUUGCCCACGGCCGCCACGCUCCCCGGUGCCGCCGCGUUCGCGCCGGCGCUCGCCGAGCCGGACAGCAUCCUGGGCGUGCUGUCGGGGCUGAGUGAUCUUGAGCUGUCGCUGCUGAUUGCCGCGGCACGGCUGGACGUCGUGAGUGAUACCGACACGUGCAAUUUCUCGAUGGCGUACAGCGAGUAUGCGGGGCUGGUUGGGGGGGUUAAGGUUGCUGCGGCGGCGGCGGGGGUGGUGGCGGGCCGGGUGUGGGGGAGGGAGGUGGCGCGGGGGGCGUGGGAGCGGUUGGCGGAGUAUGGGUUGUUGACGGCGGUGGGGAAGGGGGGGGCGGGGGCGGAGGGGAUGUGGAGGGUUGAGGUUGGGUUGGGGGAGAUUGGGGGGGUUGUGGAGAGGGGGGGCGCGGGGGGCGGGAGGGGGGGGUUGGGGAGGUGGUGUAGGGAGGUUUAG